AUGGCUGAGACAAAAGAGAUCCAUAUUCCUAUCGAUACCAACCCAGUCACUUUGACAAGAUCCAUUAUGAUGGAUCAGAGACGCAACCCAGACGCCAAAGGUGACCUGACGCAGAUUCUUAACUCCAUCAUGCUUGCUUGCAAAUUCGUCAGCAAUGUAGUCAGAAAAGCUGGAAUCUCCUCUCUCUAUGGACUUGCUGGAAGUCAAAACGUCCAAGGCGAAGCCCAGAAGCCAAUUGAUAUCAUUGCGAACGACAUUUUCAUCAACUCUUUGAAAUUCUCCAAUAAAAUCGCAGCACUGGUCAGUGAAGAAGAAGAUAAAAUCUACAUUAUGGGUGGCGCUGAGUCAGGAAAGUACAUCAUUGCUUUCGAUCCUUUGGACGGGUCUUCCAAUAUUGAUGUCAACGUCUCAAUUGGGUCUAUUUUUGCCAUCUGGAAAAGACCAGAUGCAAGCGCCCCAGUCUCUGCAAGAGACUUCUUGAGAAAUGGGACUGAAAUUGAAUGUGCUGGGUACUGCAUUUAUGGAAGCUCCACUCAGCUUGUCCUCGCAACGAAGAACGGAAAGGUUGACUGUUUUACUUUGGAUAACUCAAUUGGAGACUUCAUUUUGACCCAUCCAAAUAUGAAGAUCCCAGAGAGAGGGCACAUCUACUCAGUUAAUGAAGGAAAUUCCUUGUUUUGGGACCCAGCCAUCACUCAUUUUGUAGACUCAGUCAAGCAUCCAGAAGACGGCAACCCUUACUCUUUAAGAUAUGUCGGGUCAAUGGUAUCAGAUGUUCACAGAACUCUGCUGUACGGAGGCAUUUUUAUGUACCCUGCAGAUAGUAAGUCUCCUCAUGGUAAACUCAGACUCCUUUACGAAGUCCUCCCAAUGAGCUUUAUCACUGAGCUCGCAGGCGGAAGAGCCACUGAUGGCAAGAGAAGACUGUUAGACACUGUCCCUGAGCACAUCCACCAAAGGUCACCUUGCUACAUUGGUAGUCCUUAUGAGAUUUCUCAGCUUGAAGCAGCUUAUGCCAGCUUAACUUAA